AUGAUCGGUUGGACUAUUCGUGAGUGGAUUCAAUUCCAUUUCCAGGCCACUCCAAAUGAUUCCUACGCUAAGCUCUUAUCACUUUUACAGGCCCAGUCAAAUGAAGAUCCUGCAUGGAUCUCUUUGGCUAGUGAAGACAACUUGGAACAUCAAUGGAAAUUCUUGCAAUCUAAAGCAAAUAAGAAGAACUUACCGUUAUACGGUGUCCCAAUUGCCGUGAAGGACAACAUCGAUGCAAAGGGAUUCGAUACAACCGCCGCUUGCCCAGCAUACAAAUUCACACCAAAGGAUGAUGCUACCACGGUGAGAUUAUUAAGAGAUGCUGGUGCCAUUAUAAUUGGUAAAACCAAUUUAGAUCAAUUUGCUACAGGUUUAGUAGGUACAAGAUCUCCAUAUGGUAUUACACCAAAUACGUUCAACAAGGAAUACGUUAGUGGUGGCUCAUCUGCCGGUUCUGCCUCUGUUGUAGCUAGAGGUAUCGUUCCAAUUUCGCUCGGAACCGAUACCGCUGGUUCUGGUAGAGUUCCAGCUGCCUUAAACAACUUAAUUGGCUUAAAGCCUACAAAGGGUGUAUUUUCAUGCAGUGGUGUCGUCCCAGCAUGUAAAUCGUUAGACUGUGUUUCAAUCUUUUCUUUGAAUUUGCAAGAUGCUCAAAUAACCUUCAAUAUUAUGGCUCAACCAGAUGGGUCCAACGAUGAAUAUUCUAGACCAAUGCCUUCCAAUCCGUUGGUUAAAUUCUCUAGAACUCCAAAAAUUGCGGUUCCAGAAAACUUAUUAUGGUAUGGAGAAGAGGAAAAUCCAAAAUUGUACUCACAAGCAGUAGAAAACUUUGGAAAGACUGGUGCAGAAUUGGUCAGCCUCGAUAUAGAGCCAUUAUAUGACUUGGCAAAAUGUCUUUAUGAAGGUCCAUGGGUCAGCGAACGUUAUACUGCCACCAAGGAAUUCAUGGCAACUAACCCUCCAAAGGAUUCCUUAGAUCCAACGGUUGCUCAAAUCAUUAAAAGCGGUGAAAAAUUCACUGCCGCUGAAGCUUUUGAUUACGAAUAUAAGAGGCAGGGGAUCUUACAGAAAGUAAACAAGUUACUUGAAGGAAUUGACGUUAUUAUUGUACCAACUGCCCCAUUAAACCCAAGUAUCAAAGAUGUCCAAGAGGAACCAAUUAAGGUUAACUCUCACCAAGGUACUUAUACCAAUUUUGUGAACUUGGCAGACAUGUCUGCAUUGGCUAUUCCAGCAGGAUUUAGACCUGACGGUUUACCAUUCGGAGUAACCCUUUUGAGUAAGAAAUUUAAUGACUAUGCUUUAUUAGAUUUGGCUCAUAGAUACAUGAAACAAUAUGCUGCUUCCAAGCCAAGAUACAUGGGAUGUUUGGAAAGUUCGGUUGCUACGACUGGAGACGAAUUAUUGAGUACCAUUCCGAAGCCAAACCCAGCAACUUCAAUCAAGUUGGCAGUUGUUGGUGCCCACUUAACUGGUAUGGCAUUACAUUGGCAAUUAGAAAAAGUCAAUGCUACUUUUAUUGAAAAGACUAAAACUUCAAAGAACUAUAAGUUAUAUGCUUUACCUAAGAUUGGACCAGUUGCCAAACCUGGUUUAAGAAGAGUUGAUUCCGAUAUAGGAUCAUCUAUUGAAAUUGAAACUUACUACGUUCCAUUAGAGACAUUUGGAAAUUUCAUUUCAAUGGUUCCUGAGCCAUUGGGAAUUGGUUCAGUUGAGACUGAAUCUGGUGAAUGGGUUAAAUCAUUUAUUUGUGAAGAAUUUGGUUACAAGAAGCAUGGUACCAGAGACAUCACCGAUUUUGGAGGCUGGAGAAGCUACAUUGAACACGUCAAGAAGGAAGAGUUAGCUAACGGUAAGAAAAAGCCAUUUGAAACAGUUUUAGUUGCCAAUAGAGGGGAAAUCGCAGUUCGUAUCAUGAAAACUUUGAAAAAAUUGGGAAUUAAAUCAGUCGCUGUGUACUCUGAUCCAGAUAAAUAUGCUAAGCAUGUCUUGAUGGCUGAUAUUGCCAUUCCUUUACAUGGAGUUUCAGCAGCAGAAACUUAUAUUUCAAUUGACAAGAUUAUAAAGGCUGCUAAAGAAUCCAAAGCACAAGCCAUUGUUCCUGGUUAUGGGUUCCUUUCAGAAAAUGCUGAUUUCUCAGAUAGAUGUGGUAAGGAAGGAAUUGUCUUUGUUGGACCAUCUGGAGAUGCCAUUAGAAAGUUGGGUUUGAAGCACUCUGCCAGAGAAAUUGCCGAGAAAGCUGGAGUUCCAUUAGUUCCAGGUUCUGGUUUAAUCAAAGAUGCAAAGGAAGCUAGAGAAAUUGCCGCUAAAUUGGAAUAUCCAGUUAUGGUCAAGUCCACUGCAGGUGGUGGUGGUAUUGGUUUACAAAAGGUCGACUCAGAAGAUGAUAUCGAGAGAGUUUUCCAAACUGUGCAACAUCAAGGUAAAUCUUAUUUCGGUGAUUCCGGAGUCUUCAUGGAAAGAUUUGUUGAAAAUUCUAGACAUGUGGAAAUUCAAAUGUUUGGUGACGGUUACGGUAAGGCAAUUGCUCUUGGUGAGAGAGACUGUUCUUUACAGCGUAGAAACCAGAAAGUUAUUGAAGAAACACCUGCUCCUGAUUUACCUGAAGCUACCAGACAAAAGAUGAGAAAAGCUGCAGAAUCAUUGGGUGCCCUGAUGAACUAUAAGUGUGCCGGUACUGUUGAGUAUAUCUAUGAUCCUAGCAGAGAUGAAUUUUACUUUUUAGAAGUCAAUGCUAGAUUACAAGUUGAACAUCCAAUUACUGAAAUGGUAACUGGUUUAGACUUGGUUGAAUGGAUGUUAUACAUUGCUGCAGAUGAUCCACCUGAUUUCUCACAGGAAAUUAAAGUAACCGGUGCUUCAAUGGAAGCAAGAUUAUACGCUGAAAACCCAGUUAAGGAUUUCAUGCCUUCUCCUGGUCAAUUAACCGAAGUCAAAUUCCCAGAAUGGGCUAGAAUCGAUGGAUGGGUAGAAAAGGGUACCGUUAUCUCUGCCGAAUACGACCCUACUGUCGCAAAAAUUAUUGUACAUGGUGAAGAUCGUGCAGAUGCAUUGAGAAAAUUAAGGCAAGCAUUGGAUGAAACACUUGUUUAUGGUUGUAUUACAAACGUAGACUACUUACGUUCUAUUGCUAACUCUGAUAUGUUUGCUCAGGCUAAGGUUCACACUAAGGUUUUAGACUCCUUUGAUUAUAAACCAACCGCUUUUGAAAUCUUAUCUCCAGGUGCUUACACUACAGUACAAGAUUACCCAGGUAGAAAGGGUUAUUGGCAUAUCGGAGUUCCUCCAUCUGGAUGCAUGGACGAGUUCUCAUUCAGAGUUGCUAACAGAAUAGUUGGUAACGAUAAAAAAGCUCCUGGUAUUGAAAUUACUUUGACAGGCCCAAAGAUUUUAUUUCACCAUGACGCUGUUAUUGCUGUAACUGGUGGAAAGGUUGAUGUCGAUGUUAAUGGAACCAAGGUUGAUCAAUGGUCUCCAAUUAGUAUCAAAGGGGGUGACAAGUUAACUGUUGGUAAGUUAACUAGUGGCUGUAGAGCAUAUUUGUCCAUCAGAGGUGGUAUUGACGUAACUGAAUAUUUAGGUUCUAGAUCUACCUUCGCCUUGGGUAACUUGGGUGGUUACAACGGUAGGGUUUUGAAAUUAGGUGAUGUUUUGUUCUUGGGUCAGCCUGAAAUUUCAAGUUGUACUUUACCAUUACCAGUUUCUGAGCCUACUAAGAUACCAUCUUCCUUGAUUCCAAGCUAUGACUUCAAUGCUACCAAUUCUUGGAAAGUUGGUGUUACAUGUGGUCCACAUGGAUCUCCUGAUUUCUUUCAAAAAGAAUCUGUAGCUGAAUUCUUUUCUGAAACUUGGAAGGUCCACUACAAUUCCAAUAGAUUUGGUAUUAGAUUAAUUGGACCUAAGCCUAAAUGGGCAAGAAAGGAUGGUGGUGAAGCAGGGUUACAUCCAUCUAAUGCUCACGAUUAUGUUUAUUCCUUAGGGGCUAUCAAUUUUACUGGUGAUGAGCCUGUUAUCUUAACUUGUGAUGGUCCAUCGUUGGGUGGAUUCGUUUGUCAAGCUGUAGUGGCAGAAGCUGAAAUGUGGAAGAUUGGUCAAGUAAAACCUGGCGAUUCCAUUCAAUUUGUGCCAAUCACUUAUAAAUCUGCUAAGGAAUUGAAAGAAUCCCAGGAUAAGUGUAUUGAAUUAUUAGAAGGAACAGUCCCAGCUAUCACUAAGACUUUAACCGAACCAGAAAACCCAGUUUUAGAUACUUUUAAGGCAUCUGAAAAGGCUCCUCAAGUUGUUUACCGUCAAGCUGGUGAUAGAUACAUCUUAGUUGAGUAUGGUGAAAAUAUUUUGGACUUAAACUUAUCCUACAGAGUUCAUCGUUUGAUUGAAAUGAUCCAACACAAUAAAACUGUUGGUGUCGUUGAAAUGUCAAGAGGUGUUAGAUCUGUUUUGAUUGAAUACGAUUCCAAAAUUACUCAAAAGCAAUUAUUAGAUACCUUAAUUGCAUGCGAAAAGGAAAUUGUUUUCGUUAACAAGUGGAAGGUACCAUCCAAGAUUAUUAAGUUACCAAUGGCAUUUGAAGAUAAGAAGACCUUAGAUGCAGUGAAGAGGUAUCAAGAAACUAUUAGAUCUGAUGCACCUUGGUUACCAAAUAAUGUUGAUUUCAUUGCCGAUAUUAAUGGAAUUCAUAGAUCAGAAAUCGAAAAGAUGAUGUACUCUGCCAGAUUCUUAGUUUUAGGUUUAGGAGAUGUCUUUUUAGGAGCACCAUGUGCUGUUCCUUUAGAUCCAAGACAUAGAUUAUUAGGUACAAAGUAUAACCCAUCUCGUACUUUCACUCCAAACGGUACAGUUGGUAUCGGUGGUAACUAUAUGUGUAUCUAUACUAUGGAAUCACCAGGUGGUUACCAAUUGGUUGGUCGUACAGUUCCAAUCUGGGAUAAGUUAUCUCUCGGUACUCAUUCAGACUUACAACCUUGGUUGUUAUCUCCAUUCGAUCAAGUUGAAUUUUACCCUGUUUCUGAAGCUGAGGUAGACAAGUUCUCAGACGAAAUGAAUGCAGGUCAAUUUAAGGUUGAUAUUGUUGAAAGUGUAUUUGAUCACACUCAAUACUUGGAGUGGGUUCAAGAAAAUUCAAAGUCCAUUGAAGAGUUCCAAAAGAACCAAGGAGGGGACAAGAUGGAGGAAUUCAACAGAUUGAUUCAAGUUUCUAAUGCAGAAUUAGCCAAGAGUGAUGGGCCUAAAUUAUCUGAAGAUGAUAAUUUUGGAGAAGAUGCUGAAAUGGUUUAUUCUGAGUAUUCUGGUAGAUUCUGGAAGCCGUUGGUAAGCGUUGGGGAUGAAGUUAAGGAAUCCCAAGGUUUGGUGGUGGUUGAAGCAAUGAAGACAGAAAUGGUUGUCGUUGCACCAAAGGCUGGUAAAGUUGUCAAGAUCUUCCACAAGAAUGGGGAUAUGGUUGACGCCGGUGACUUAGUAGUUGUGAUUGAGUAA